AUGCCGUUUUGCUCAGAGGAACACAGGGAUCUAGCAAGGGAAGCUGUGAGAAAAUCAGUAGUGCUGCUUAAGAAUGGCAAAAAUGGAAGUGCUCCACUCCUUCCCCUUCCAAAGAAAGUCUCAAAAGUCCUUGUUGCUGGUACUCAUGCUGAUAAUUUGGGCUAUCAGUGUGGUGGGUGGUCAAUCAAAUGGCAAGGAUUUAAUGGUAAUGAGGACACAAGGGGGACAACUAUUCUCGACGCUGUGAAAAUGGAAGUUGACCCAAGCACAGAAGUUGUGUUUCGUGAGAACCCUGACAGUGAUUUUGUCAAGUCCAGCAACUUUGAAUAUGCCAUUGUUGUUGUUGGCAAGACUACGUAUGCUGAGUCUGCUGGGGAUAGCACAACUCUUACAAUGGUUGAUCCUAGCCCUGAUACUAUCAAGAAUGUCUUUGAAAAUGGAGAGCUGGAGAUCGGCCGGAGGUGCUUCAACAUAGUAGAGAUGAGCUGCUGGACGGCGUUGCCUGACUAA